AUGGCACCCGUCACUGAUCCAUUUCCUGUCCCUCGGUUGCAGGACAUGAUCCUGGCGGGACCGACCAUCUACUCGGCUCUGCACUCAUUGAUGGUCAAAUCAGCGGAAUGUGUGCAAAAUCGCAUCCAGACCCGCGGAUUCAGCUUCGUUCCAAGCGGCAUGCAUCUUCGCCAAGCCGCCAGAGAUAACGCUGGGAAACAGGAGUAUGACAAGCCCAGCCAAGAGCACUCCUCCGGGUCUACUUCGUGUUCCUUGCCUUGCUGCACUACUCACCAGGAGAUGAAGAAGAUAAAGAAGAAGGAUAAAGGGGAAAAUGUUAGUCAUAGGGGGAGGGGAUCCAGGAGACAUAAGCAGCGUGGGAGAACACUUCGAUGGAGGUCCGUCUCAAGCUCUCGUGAAGACAGCUACUCCAGUUCCCGCUCUCGGUCGCGCGGGCGCCGUCGAAGAAGCCUGUCAUCAUCCGGAUCUGAAUCCGAUUCCAGACGAUCACGCUCAGACUCAAGAAGCUCUUCGUCAUCUAGUCACCGCUCAAUAAUCCGCAGCAACCUAGGAGCUGCUGCGGCAUGCACCCGUCACUCAGUCUCCGGACCUCUACCAACCACUGCUAAGCGGUUUAACAUGCCAUAUCAUAGUCGCAUCACGGGUAUGCGCGGUACAAAUCUACCUCCUCUGCCGCCUCCACCACCUGGAUGGCCGAUUCGGAAUAUGGGGCUGAAUGGGGGAAUUGGGAAUGGAGUGAGCCGUAUACCUCCUCCACCACCACCACCACCGACAACCAUCUUUUCUAGUGCGGGAACUGGAAGAGAUCCCAACGGGGCGAUUCACCGCCAGCACAACUAUUCACAACCCCAGAUUCCGAAGUGUCAUGGAACAGCGAUGGAGCUGACGGGGGCAUACUUGGGGCAUUAUGUUCGGCAUGCGCAAGUGCCGUCACAGACACUCCCAGUUACCACGGCUUUUCCGGCACUUUCAACCGUUGUUGAUGCUGUACCUGGAAGUUCUUCGAGGCUAGAUAAUCUUCCAUCAACGACGGGCCAAUUUCAAUAUCGUAUACCGCCGCCACCACCACCUCCUCCACAUUUUCCACGAAUGUCUCGAGGGGUUAGCCAUUACAACGGCUCUGCCCCUUGGCAUGUUCAGAAAUCGAAUGCAUAUUCUGCAGCGGGAAUAAUUCCUCCUCCUCCUCCUCCCCCUCCCUCCUCCUCCUCCCCCUCCUCCUCCUCCUCCCCCUCCUCCUCUUGCGCUCACCAUCCUGCGCUCUCUCUCCCAUCUCACAGUCGCCACGGUCCGAGCUGUUGUUCUUGA